CGCGUCUGGGCGGCGCUAGGCCCCGGCGAGGGGGGGCGGCCCCGAGCCCCAAGCCCUGGAGGCGGGAGCAGGAUGAGCCAGCCGCCGGCCGAGAAAAUGUCUGGCACGUCGGAGGUAGUGCCGUGGGACUGGGCCUUCGAGAACCGCCAGCGGCUGCUGGAGGCCCUGCUCUGGGACCCCCGCUCCCCCAUCUACGUGGAGAGCCUCCUGGAUGGCAUAACUUCCUUGUUCUUUGAUUUGGAUUUUCCUGCUCUGAGGAAAAACAAGAAUAUUGAAAAUUUCUUAAUUAGAUAUGAAAAAACUGUGACAAAAAUUAGAUGCCUACAGAUGAAGGCAGAAGAUUUUGAUGUUAUUAAAGUUAUUGGAAGAGGUGCUUUUGGUGAAGUUCAGCUGGUUCGUCAUAAAGCAUCACAGAAUGUUUAUGCCAUGAAGCUUCUUAGUAAAUUUGAAAUGAUAAAAAGAUCAGAUUCUGCUUUCUUUUGGGAAGAACGAGAUAUCAUGGCCUUUGCCAAUAGUCCCUGGAUUGUUCAGCUCUUUUGUGCCUUUCAAGAUGAUAGAUAUCUUUAUAUGGUAAUGGAAUACAUGCCUGGUGGAGACCUUGUAAAUCUUAUGAGUAACUAUGAUGUACCUGAAAAAUGGGCCAAAUUUUAUACAGCUGAAGUUGUUCUGGCUUUGGAUGCAAUACACUCCAUGGGUUUAAUACACAGAGAUGUGAAGCCUGACAACAUGCUUUUGGAUAAAAAUGGACAUCUGAAAUUAGCAGAUUUUGGCACUUGUAUGAAAAUGGAUGAAACAGGCAUGGUACGUUGUGAUACAGCAGUAGGAACACCUGAUUAUAUAUCACCUGAAGUUCUGAAGUCACAAGGUGGUGAUGGCUACUAUGGACGAGAGUGUGAUUGGUGGUCUGUAGGUGUUUUCCUUUUUGAGAUGCUUGUUGGGGACACUCCAUUUUAUGCAGAUUCACUUGUGGGAACAUAUAGUAAAAUCAUGGAUCAUAAAAAUUCAUUAAAUUUUCCAGAAGAUGCAGAAAUAUCCAAGCAUGCAAAGAAUCUCAUAUGUGCUUUCUUGACUGAUAGGGAGGUGCGACUUGGGAGAAAUGGGGUAGAAGAAAUCAAACAGCACUCUUUCUUUAAAAGUGAUCAAUGGAAUUGGGAUAACAUAAGAGAAACUGCAGCUCCAGUAGUACCUGAACUCAGCAGUGACAUAGAUAGCAGCAAUUUUGAUGACAUUGAAGAUGAUAAAGGAGAUGUGGAAACCUUUCCAAUUCCUAAAGCCUUUGUGGGAAAUCAACUGCCUUUUAUAGGUUUUACCUAUUAUAGCGAAAAUUUGUUAUUAGGUGAUGCUCCUUCUUCCAGUACAGAAAAUGAUUCAGUACAAUCAAGGAAAAAUGAGCAAUCUGUACAGAUUCAAAAAAAACUAUAUUUAUUAGAAGAACACCUCAAAAAUGAGAUACAAGCCAAAGAGGAUCUGGACCAGAAGUGCAAAUUGGUUAGCACUCGACUAGAGAAGAUAACAAAAGAACUAGAAGAAGAGGUAACCUCAAGAAAGAAUGUAGAAUCUACAUUAAGACAAUUGGAAAGAGAGAAGGCUCUUCUUCAACACAAAAAUACAGAAUAUCAGCGGAAGGCAGAACAUGAAGCAGACAAAAAACGGAAUCUGGAAAAUGAUGUUAACAGUUUGAAAGAUCAGCUUGAAGAUUUGAAAAAAAGAAAUCAAAACUCUCAAAUAUCUAAUGAACAAGUCAAUCAGCUCCAAAGACAAUUGGAUGAAGCCAAUGCUUUGCUGCGAACUGAGUCUGAUACUGCAGCCAGGUUACGGAAAAACCAGACAGAAAGUUCAAAACAAAUUCAGCAGCUGGAAUCUAAUAAUAGGGAGUUACAAGACAAAAAUUGCAUGCUAGAGAAUGCUAAACUGAAACUUGAAAAGGAAUUCAUCAAUCUUCAGUCAGCUCUAGAAUCUGAACGGAGAGAUAGAACCCAUGGAUCUGAGAUGAUUAAUGAUUUACAAGGUAGAAUAUCUGGAUUGGAAGAAGAUAUUAAAAAUGGUAAAAUUUCAUUAGCAAAAAUGGAGCUAGAGAAGAGACAACUACAGGAGAGAUUUACAGAUUUAGAAAAGGAAAAAAGUAAUAUGGAAAUAGACAUGACAUACAAACUGAAAGUUAUACAACAAAGCUUGGAACAGGAAGAAGCAGAACAUAAAGCUACAAAAGCACGGUUAGCAGAUAAGAACAAGAUAUAUGAAUCUAUCGAAGAGGCUAAGUCUGAAGCUAUGAAGGAAAUGGAGAAGAAACUUCUAGAGGAAAGAACUUUAAAGCAAAAGGUGGAAAACCUUCUCUUGGAAGCUGAAAAAAGAUGUUCACUGUUAGACUGUGAUCUCAAACAAUCCCAACAGAAAGUCAACGAACUCUUGAAACAGAAGGACAAACUAAAUGAGGAUGUUAGGAAUUUGACCUUAAAAAUAGAACAAGAAACACAAAAGCGCUGCCUCACACAAAAUGACCUGAAGAUGCAAACACAACAAGUCAACACACUGAAAAUGUCUGAAAAACAAAUGAAACAAGAAAAUAAUCAUCUUAUGGAAAUCAAAAUGAGUCUGGAAAAGCAAAAUAUUGAACUUCGGAAAGAACGGCAAGAUGCAGAUGGACAAAUGAAAGAGCUCCAAGAUCAGCUUGAAGCAGAACAAUAUUUCUCAACUCUAUAUAAAACACAAGUUCGAGAGCUUAAAGAAGAAUGUCAAGAGAAGACCAAGCUUUGCAAAGAAAUGCAGCAGAAGAGCCAGGAAUUACAGGAUGAAAGGGACUCCUUGGCUGCACAACUUGAGAUCACCUUGACAAAAGCCGACUCAGAACAGCUAGCUCGUUCUAUUGCUGAAGAACAGUAUUCUGAUUUGGAAAAAGAGAAGAUCAUGAAAGAGUUGGAAAUUAAAGAGAUGAUGGCUCGACACAAACAAGAACUUGCAGAAAAAGAUGCUACAAUAGCAUCUCUUGAGGAAGCUAAUAGGACACUAACUAGUGAUGUGGCUAAUCUUGCAAAUGAGAAGGAAGAACUAAAUAAUAAAGUUAAAGAAGUCCAAGAACAAAUCUCAAGGUUGAAAGAUGAAGAAACAAAUAUAUCAGUUAUUAAAACACAAUUUGAGAAACAACUAUUAAAUGAGAGAACACUGAAAACUCAGGCUGUGAAUAAAUUGGCUGAGAUUAUGAAUCGAAAAGAACCUCCCAGGCGUGGUGCUGACACAGAUGUGAGAAGGAAAGAGAAGGAGAACAGAAAGCUACAUAUGGAACUAAAAUCAGAACGUGAAAAAUUAACUCAGCAAAUGAUCAAAUAUCAGAAAGAAUUAAAUGAAAUGCAAGCUCAAAUAGCUGAAGAAAGCCAAAUUCGAAUUGAAUUGCAAAUGACUCUGGACAGUAAAGACAGUGAUAUUGAACAGCUUCGAUCACAACUCCAGGCCUUACAUAUUGGCCUGGAUAGUUCCAGUAUAGGUAGUGGACCAGGAGAAGCUGAGGCAGAUGAUGGGUUCCCAGGUACAGUCCAUAUUACUCAGUCACAUACUAUGGAAUCCAUGUCUUUCACCUAUCAACGUUCUUCUACCUCUCUCAAUAUUGCUACUAAGCCUUCCAGUUCUCACAUGCUUCUCGACUCUGAUUCUGACUCAGAGGAAGAAUCCUUAUCUUGUGCACCCAUUUCUUCGGAACCUGAUAGUGCAGAAUCAAGAUUAGAGGGAUGGCUUUCAUUGCCCGUACGAAACAACACAAAGAAGUUUGGAUGGGUUAAAAAGUAUGUAAUUGUAAGCAGCAAGAAGAUUCUUUUCUAUGAUAGUGAACAAGAUAAAGAACAAUCUAAUCCCUACAUGGUGUUAGAUAUAGACAAGUUGUUCCAUGUCAGGCCAGUCACACAGACAGAUGUUUAUAGAGCUGAUUCCAAAGAGAUUCCAAGGAUAUUUCAGAUUCUGUAUGCUAAUGAAGGGGAAAGCAAAAAAGAUCAAGAAUUUCCCGUGGAACCAGUUGGGGAGAAGUCAAACUGCAUCUGUCACAAAGGACAUGAAUUUAUUCCCACUCUUUAUCAUUUCCCAACUAACUGUGAAGCCUGUAUGAAGCCACUUUGGCACAUGUUUAAACCUCCCCCUGCUCUUGAGUGCCGCCGCUGCCAUAUCAAAUGCCAUAAAGACCACAUGGACAAAAAGGAGGAAAUCAUAGCACCUUGCAAAGUAUACUAUGACAUUUCAUCGGCAAAGAAUCUGCUGUUAUUAGCUAAUUCUACAGAGGAUCAGCAGAAGUGGGUUAGUCGGUUAAUAAAAAAGAUACCUAAGAAACCCCCAGCACCAGAUCCUUUUGCUCGAUCAUCUCCUAGAACUUCUAUGAAGGUACAGCCUAACCAGUCUAUAAGACGGCCAAGUCGACAGCUUCCCCCAAGCAAACCAAGAUUCCUUGAUUUGGCAUUUAAGGACUGGGAUUGGUCAUUUGAUGAUAUUGAUGAUGAUGGUGAUGAUGAUGACGAUGUUUUUGAUUUCUGAAGAAAUGAAUGGGCUAACUGCCUUCUGUGAAUGCAGUCACUAUCCAUGGUGAUCAUUUUCUGCCUGUUAUGGACAAGACUGAAAUGUGAUAUCCCCAAAUUUAUUAAAUGAAAGAAAGAAGCUAUAUUUUCCUGAGAGAUUAAGAUAUAUAUAUGUGUGUCUGUGUGUCCAUUCACACACACAAACACACACACACACAUAUAUAUAUAUAUACACACACACACACACACACAUACAUGUAUGCAUAUGUAUAAAUUAGUGGUUUUCCUGGAACAGGGGUAGAGUGGAGGGGA